AUGACUGGCCACGUCCCUGACUUCAUCGUGUACCUGAUCAAUAGUCCAGGGUGCAUUGAUAAACAACAGAACCGCCUCAAUGCACGCGCCGCAAGGAAGCUAGAGCUUGUAAUUAGUAAAAUGAUCCCGGUCGUGGCGGAAUGCAGUCCGGAGGGUAACAAGAAACUGGGCGAUUGGGCGGCGUCGAUCUGCGAACUGGCAUCCGCCAGUGCCGGCAUGCCGGCCUUUAUCAGUCUCAUGGAGAAGAUCAUCGACCUCUUAUUCCGCAGACCCUAUUUCACCAACAACCAAAUGAACGUAUUCUUCUGGGUCACGGAUAGGGCCAUCUGGGGCCGCAUUUUUCGCAGUCUCUGGCGCCACCCUCGCGUUUGCAAGGGCACGAUGGAGGGCGUGGUCAAAUUGACUAUGCAACUCUUGGAUAUCGAGAAGCGUCUAUUCCUAAGCGAAAAUAGAGUCGGGCCAAACCCCAUCAGCAACGAACCCCCGUUCUCUCUCCACAACUUGAAUUUCGGUGGUUCCCAUGCCCGUUCACUUGUGGAUAUUGUGAAUAAGCUGGUCGACAGCCCUCCUCGAUCCGUGACGCACGACCUCGAGCUCGACGACUUGGAACCGCAGCUGAGAAUGGGUGACGGAACACCGGUAGAAUCUAAUAAAAUUAUUCCUGAUAGGGCGAUGGCGACUUAUUUUCUGUUGAGAAACAUCAAAUGCCUCGGGGACGCGUUGAGAAGGUCGCUACCUUUCGACUUGACAACGCCUGUGCUUGACCAGUUUCCUGUUCUCAAUCCCUCGAUUCCCCCGAGUCUUGUCAGCCGAAAUGACGCGCUUUCUAAGGACAGAGUCCCAGAGCUAGAAGAGGGGACAUUGGAUCAGCCGCGGCCGGAACUGGGGGCCAAGAAGAAAUAUGAAAACCUACGGAUGAGGGGCUCCGAGGACAUCGCAUCGGUUGCGUGGAAAGCCGAGAGGUGA